AAUAUGUUAGUGUAUUCUUUAUAAGAAAUGCAGUUAUUUUCAUAUUUUAAACAUAAACAAACAGCAUAAAAACAUGUGUGAUAACAAUUGGAUACAUUUAGCAAGUCUUGAAGAAAAUGUGCAAGCAACAAUUAGACUUGUUGUUAAUACUGAUGGAAUUCCUGUUUUUAAAUUAUCAAAGUGGACCUUGUGGCCUUUGCUAGCAUCCAUGCAUAAUUUUCCAUAUUCAUUGCAAAUUACUAAUAUUUUGUUUUUUGGUUUCUGGUCCAGUUUUAAAAAACCAAACGUGCAAUUAUUUUUAUCUUGUUUUGUUGAUUUUUUACUAACCUAUCCACUACUGGUAUACUCUUAUCUAAUAAUGUUCGUGUUUUUUUUCAUGUAUCUAUUUUUUUGUGUGAUACAAUUGCAGGAGCUAUGGUUUUUUGUUGUAGGUAGUUUAAUGAUUAUAAUGGUUGCCAUUGGUGUUCUUCUCAAGGGAAGACACUGUACUGUUGUAAAUAAUCUUUUAUCUGCAAUCAGUGUGCCAAGCAAUAUAAGACAGACUCGAUGAUCAUUAAGUUGUAUAAAGCAUUGGAAAGG